UGGACGUGUGUUGGAUGGAGUGUCCAUCUGGCUGAUGUCGAGUGCGCGGGCUCAUGUCAUAUUUGUGAAUUGAAUUCUAUAGUUUUCUUUCUCUUGUAGAACAUUAAAUCAUGGUUAUUACUUAAUUCAACUUUCAAUUUUAAAAAAUGCUUUUAAAUAUUUCCAUGUUAAAACUCAAAGAGAAAGUAACUAUAUUUUUUGUUAUAUUAUUUAUAUUUGCGGGGAUAUAUUUUUACUUGAAUCACUUGCAACAAAACUACGACAGUGCUCAAUGGUCUGGUGAGCGCUGCUUAUCCGAACUGACAUCCAUCAAGUAUCAACUAAAUGUUGUUACGGAGUACAAAAACCGCAUUGACAAGCUGCUGACAGAGACGCAGAAAGCCCACGAUGCUGAGAAGGAGAGGUACAAAGAUGUCAUGGACAGUUGUGUGGCCAUGAAACAGCAGACUGCCAUAUGUCAGAGUCAAUUUGAAGAUCUACAAAUUGAAUGCAAGAAAGUUAGAGAAGAUUACAACAAGGCAGUAAAGGAUAUAGAGAAACUUAAGGCUCCAGGUUAAAAUUUUAUUCUCGCAGCAAAUAUAUACAGGCUUAAGGAAAAUUUAGCUUAUAAUAGUGGGGAUUGUAAAUAUUACACAAUUUACCAUCAUAAAAAUAUUGUCUGCAACAAACUAUACAUUUGUACAAAGCAAAUGAGGGCUUACAAGUACUUGUGCAAUCGUCCAACUGCGAGGGAGUUGUAGUAACUGAGUGAUACAAUUCUCCAAAAUGUUUUAAAUAUGACUAUUGUAUUUGCGUUUGUUUGUCCAUUCCGCACGCUAUGUCCUAAAGAACUUGGCGAAUCCAUAGGUAAUUAUCUGUUUAGGUGUGCAGUAUUUCUUAAAUACUGGCUCCUACUUAGAAUGACUAAACAGUGGUGUGGUGUGUAUAAACGUGAGCGGAUGACGACAUUUUAUUUUGGAGUAUCUGCAGUAGAAUCGUCACGAUUUUGAUAUUCUUUUUUGUUUACCAAUUUGGUACGGUCAUUCACAAUAACUUAGCAACUAAAUACGUAUUGAUUGAAAUGGAUGAUUGUUUACUAACAGAAAAGCAUUUAGGUAUACAUAUUUUCGACCGUUACGAAAGCGAAGCCGAAGAUUUUGUUACAAUAAUGUGUUUUAUGUUAAAAAAGAUGUACGUACUACGUACCUACUUAUAGUUUUAAAAAUACAAUUUAUUGUAUAUUUUGUGCUACUGUUGUCUGUGCGUACCUAUAAAUAUUUUUAUGAUAUACUAACGACAUUUCCAUGUUUUGGCUAUUUUAUGGUUUAUAUUCAUAACUUAAGAAGUAUGAACAAGUAUCUGCUUAGAACUGUCCCCUAACGGCCAGUUUCUUCAUCAAACAUAAAAGUCAAAGUAAUGUCUAAAGUAAAAGUAACGGUCAAAUUCGUUUUUUCAAGGCUAAAGUGACAGCAAAACUAAUAGAAAAAGCGAAUUUGACCGUUACUUUUACUUUACUUUGAUUUUUACUUUGGAUUUUACUUUUGGCUGUAAGACAGUAGAUAUUACAUAUACACAUUAUUACAUAUAAUAUAUGGCUUUUGCCAAAUAAUUUGCUAAUUAUUCUUCAGAUUUUUUUCUUGUAUUUGAUAGAAAUUAUUACUUUUUUUAUAGGUUUUGCCAUCUAACAUUUGAACGUCUUUUUAAGGUGAAUGCUUUGUUUGACUGGUGGUGGGAAACUCCGAUGUGUUAUAGUUAUAUUUAAAUUGUAAGUACUUUCGGAGUAAAACAAAGACAUCAAAGAUUACCUUGACUUAUAUUACCGUGGUUGAUAAGAUCACGCCGCAUAUCGAAUGUUAACUUAGGUAAAACAUUUUAAAAAAACUAUUUGAAUUUUCCACUACCAGUGGAACUAGUGGAAGCAUUUACCUUAGCAAUAGUCAAUAUAUUUUGUACCUAAAAGUAAGAUAAUAGAAUGUCUAUGACUACAUACAUAAGCGUUGUAUAGACCAAAGAAAAUUCUGCUGUAAGGUAUUUUGUAAUUUUGAAUUUGUUAAUUCUUUAAUGUAUAAUUUAAUCUGUAUUUUACGUUUAAGAAAACUAGAACAUCUUCUCUUUCUCUUAAUUUUUUACAUUUUUGAAGGGUUAAACGAUGCUUUGAAUAUUUUUCUAAAUCUGUGAUCUUUCAAUAGAGACAGCUAAUAAAAAAGCUAAGUUACUUUUGCGGAGAUUAUCCGUACUCCAUAUGUGUUUAAUCACUUAUGUAAAGAUAUAAUUUGUGCAAUUCUUUGGCGACAUCCGAUACCAUAAACAGUAUGAGGUAGGCAAUUAUCUUGUCUAUGCAAAAUAGCCAAAGAAUUGGGAGGA